AGCUACCAAAAUGACCUUAUUUGUUAAUGUAUUUUUUUACUCUUUUUUUCUCUAGACAAUUUUCAGCAGCAGGUUCUGCAGAAACUGCAGAAACUGGAAGAUGUGCAGGCCCAGAUAGUUGAUAUGCUGGCAAACCUGUCAAAAUCAUCAGCAACUACACGGGUAGGUCCUGCCGACCUGCAGGAGCCCUUAUUGGAACCUGUAAAGACAAUGCAGGAAUUCGACGUGCUCGAAAUGAGACUCGCAGAGUCAGAUUUUAAGAAGAGAAUGAUCAACUACCUGAGUCUAGUCGGCGGUGCCAAUAUUGCCCAAACAAGUCGGCGUAUCAUGAAAAAGCUGGGGUCAAAUAAUCUUUGGUCGGAUUUCAACGUGUUUGGGCGGAAGGGGAAGCGUGGUCUGAAGUCGACCAGAUUUUAUCCAGUCAUUGUCAGAGCCUGCGUAAUGACACACCAGGGCGCCAAAGAGACGGAGAUUGAAGAAGUCCUAGGGGACUUUCUCAAGCGAACCCCAUAUCUUCCAGGAGGGAGGAAAUGCAAGAAACCUGAUACCGUUGGGGCUGGAGUUCCAGCUGUCGCUGCUGAAGAUGUUGCCGAAGAUGUUGCAACAGAUGCUGCUGUUGCAGAUGCUACUGAAGACGAGGAGGGUGCCAUGGAUAAUUGAAAAGGAUAAACGCUGAUGACAUCUGUUCUCGAUUCACUUUGUAGUUACAUACUGGCUUCUGAUAAAACUCAUUUAUAGUUGGGUUUUCAGGCCCUUCACUCAUUUUGAAGACACCCAUGCGAAGAAGGCUUAGUUCGCCAGACAACACCACAUUUAAACUCAGGGAAAAUAAUGUGUGUGCUGCCAAACUGUUUACACUAGAUAUAUUUAUAGUCUUGACUUUUCUAUGUAUAGCCUGGUAAAUUUGAGUUGUCAUACUUGCCAGUUUUAUGACAUAUCUUCAACUUGUACCUCAUUAAUGUAAAUAACUAUGUGUUGAUUGUUACUAUGUUAUAUGAUGGAUUUUGUAUUUCAUGGAAGAUGAAAUUUCUAAUGCUGGCUUCUGAUAAAACUCGUUUAUAGCACAAAUCUGGACAUGGCUAUAAAAUCUGUGGUGGAUCAAAAGGACAAUAUGGUAAAUGGUAAUUUGACACAUACUAUACAGUUCUCGUUCAGGUUUUACCAGAGGUCAAUGACAUCAAUUAUGCCAAGUUUUCUGCGUUAUUUAGUUGGUACAUCUUUUCAGGAAUCAAAGAGGAAAUUACGGGUUCUAUAAAUCACUCAAGUUACUUUUGUUGAAUACGCUGCAAACAAAAAUGCUACGUGUGUGCUGCCAAAUUCUUUACACUAGAUAUAUUUACAGUCGUGCCUUUUCUAUGUAUAGCCCAGAGGUCAAUCAACCAAUUAUGCAAAGUUUUCUUUGUCAUUUAGUUGGUUCAUGUUUUCAGUACGAAUUAACAUCAUCUUUUCAGGAAUCAAAGAUAAAAUUACGGGUUAUAUAAAUCACUUGAGUGACUUUUGUUGAGUAUGCUGUAACAAAAAAUGCAAUGUGUGUGCUGCCAAUUUUUUACACUAGAUGUAUUCAAAGACUUGCCUUUUUUUAUUAAUAGAUUGGUAAAAUUGAGUAUUCAUACUUGCCACUUGCUAUGACAUAUCAUCUUGAACAUUUUUUGUUGUAAAUAACUAUUGUUUCUGUGGUUUCAAAUGAACCAUCCCAACCAAAUUUCUGUUCACUUUUCAUCUUUCAGUCUAUUUUACGUCAAUUUUUCAACCAUGAUAUCACUUGUCAAUCACCAGCCAGAAAUAGACGUCUAUUGGAUUUUGGAAUACCGCAUGGUAUUAAUGGAAACUUUCAGUUGUCAAUACUUUAUCACCAUGGAAACCUACCGAGAAUAUUUUAUCUUUUUAUAAGUGACCGUGAAAUACAUGUACUAUUAUUACCAAGUCUUUGGACAUUUAUUUAUGUUUGAUAAUAAAAUCCUGAAAUCGAUCAAGUGUGACCCAGUGUUUAAACAAUAUACAAUUUGUAUUAGUUCAACAUUCUUAACGCUUUUGUUGGACGUUCUUAAUGUUUGUUGGGCAUUCUUUCAACGCCUGAGACAUUUUCAGACAUUCUAUAAAGGUGUUAUGAACGUUCUCUAAACGUUUGUAGAACAUAUUAACACAUUUUAGAAAGGUUUUCUGAACGUUAAUAGAACAUUUUUACAUUAAAACAAAACGUUUUCUGAACGUCCUGCACGUGUUUUAAAAGGUAUUCUAUACGUUCUUAAAACGUUUUUUGAACGUCCAACACAUAUUUUAUGAGGUUUUCCAAACGUUCUUUAAACGUCUCAAAGAGGAUAUUAACUUUUGGAAAACGUUUUAGACGUGUUUUAAAAGGUUUUUAAACGUUCUUAAAACGUUUGUAGAACAUUUGGACGUUUAGAAAACGUUCUAUAUACGUUCCAAACGUGUUUUAAAAGGUUUUCUAGACGUUCUUAAAACGUUUUUAGUGCAUUUCAAGGUUUUAAAAACGUUUUAAAAACGUGUUAAGAACGUUCCAAACGUUUUUUAAAGGUUUUCUGCACGUUCUAACAACGUCCACAAUAUAUUUAGAACGUUUUCAAAAGGUUUUUGGACGUCUCGAGCUUCCGAAAGGUUUUUAAAGGUUUUUUAGGGGUUCUUUUAACGUUUAAAAAACGCUUUUAAAACGUCCAGUAAAACGUUUUUAAAACGUCUAAAACCUACCACAUUUUGACGUCCAUAAAACGUUUUCACAAAACGUCCAAAAAACCAACCUGGAACGUUUUUAGAAC